UAACUUGCUGGGUCAUGCAGCAGCGACAAAUGAAAAACAUCAAAUAUCAACCAAGAACACAAUUCCAUGGCAAAUAACCCCUCCCUUUUUUUCACGACAACUAGUAAAAAAAGGAAGUAGUCAGGAAAAUAUGGAAACCGGUGAUUUAACUCCUUCGAUCAUAACAUCUGAACAGUUAUCUGACAAUGAAUCCCUGCUUGCCAAAGAAACUUUCAACAGGAUUCAGCAUUGCAGUGAUAUUUUUGAAACAAUUUUUGACAACCACUCUAAUACUAUGGAAACAGAGAUUGAGGACAAGUCUUGCAACUGUGAUUCUCCAAUCCGUGAGGUUCAUAUGGAUAAUGACAUACAGGUAGUUUUUGAUAAAUAUAGAAGAGAUGAGGUGCCCAAUUUUAUUAUUCUCUCUAGUGACUCGUCUCCAGAUAUGGAAAGUUUCAGUGAACACUCCCAUUUGAAUGAUAGGAUUGUUUAUGAAGAUAAUGAGAAAGCUACCUACAACUUUCAGAUAAGUGAGAAUGAAUGUUUAGCUGAUCUGCCUGAUCUCACUCAUUCUGUUUUACCGAGAGGGUGUACCCCUUCCAAUCUUGAGGGCAGUAUAAAUAGACGCGGAGUCAGUUUAACCUCAAAAGACACCAAGGACGCUAGAUGUUCACAGAAUGAUGAUGAGACAGAUAGCCUUGCUUCUACCAUUAUUUUUGAUCCAGUCUUUGAAAAUAUUACUGAAGAUUUAUCGAAGCCUGAAAAAGAGUGCAUGAUGAACCAUAAACAAAUAAUCAACAACAAUGCUAAAACUGUCUGUCCAACCAGCCAACAAAAUAGCAGAAAUGAAUUAGAAUGUGAAUCUUUCCUCCUUGGCAGACACGAAAAAAAUGAAUAUCGUUUGCUCCAGAGUUCCCCCAGUUUUUCACUAAAUACAUCAGUUGGCAUGGAAAGGGCAGACCCAAGAAGUGAAAAUGUCACAUUUACAGAUGUGACAGAUGGCUGCUCAAUGAAAGGUGCAUUAGAUGAGGAUCUUCAGAGAAAGGAAGAUUCCAAAAUGAUUACAAUUAAACCACCUGUUUCUGCCAGAAUCUUUAAAAGAAGUCAGUCCCUGAAAGUAGAUUAUAAAAUAUACCCAGACGUACUGCAAGCGAAAACAAGGAAUAAUUAUAAAUUAGCAGAUUCAUUGUCUGUAGUGGGCGUUAGUCAUGGUAAUAUGCCCAUUUAUACUCCAAGUUUUUAUGAAGCAACAAGUGGGCCAGUGUCAGUCACAUGUGAUAUAACAAGGUCAAAAGAAAAGGUGGGUGUUCCUGAUUCCUGUAAAUUUUCGGAUCCAUUAGGUACUCUGUUUAUUAGUGAUGGGGAUCUGAUCCUGCCCAUUCAUACUCAAGUAGGAGUUAUAGUUGAUUUUGUUGAUGUUGUUCAAAUGCUUCAUGGCUAUAAGGAUUGUGCAGGCAAGAAAGAAAAUAAGAAAAUAAACCAACAGAACAUGAAUGACAUUUAUAUUACAAUUAAUAUAGAUGUUCAAGGCAACAAUUGGCAAAAGGGUGCAUUUGAUGGCGCAGAAGUCUCAGCCAUUCUUGAAAAACUUCCUGUAGAGGAAAAGAAACAGUUGCACAGAAAUCAAUGCAUUGAAAAUAUCACUUUAUAUCAGAAAGAUGCAAUUGGAAGUGGAUAUCAUGCAAUGGUAAAUCAGACAGAAAUCAUAAGGAAUCAGGUAAAUUUGACUGUGGAUCAGAAGUGUGGAUGUGUGGACACAGUAAGUAUUAUGCGGAAUAUGCAAGGGCAAUGUGUAGAAAACGUGUCGAAUCAUAGAUAUUUUGAUACGCCGAAAGAAAAAAAUUCAUUCUGGCAGGAAGGCAUGAACCUAGGUAUCAUGGCGAAUGAAGAAAUGAUGGCGAGCAGUACUGCUCAUCUAGAACAAUCAUUCCGCGAAAACAGUAUCAAUCAGAAUGAUCCUUCAAGUCAUAAUGCCUUCGCUGAUAGGCAGAUUGAAACUGUGGGUAGAAAUGUAAUGGGUAAUGAUAAAGUUAUCAAUAUAAGUGCAAUCGCAAGUAAGGAAGAUAUAAAGAUUAGUCAAGAUUUGGAUUGUUGUCAGACAAACAUUAUAAAUAGGGCUGAUACUUACCAGGAAGUCAUUAUGAAUUCUAGAGAUAUAAGUCAGAAUAGCAUUGUGAAUAACAGUACAAAAGUUCAUGAAUAUGUGGAACAUAAGAAUGGUGUAUCUCAAGAGUCUGCACUUAACAUUUUGGGCGAAGAACAUGUUACAGAUAGAAUUAAUACUUGCUUCAGAGACGAAGAUCACAAAAACACUAAACGUCAAAGAACUUUAAUAUGCAAAAAAAACAUUGUGAAUCAAGAACUUGGUGGAAAACAAGAAACUAGAACAAUCAAUAUUUUAAAUACUGAAAAACAAACAAACAUAGAAAGCAUACUUCUAAAGCAGAACAGUAUGGUGAAUAUAGAGAAUAAAGAUAUGAAAAAGAAAGCUAAUGGAAAUCAUGAAGUCAUGAUAAACAGACGUGAGGAAAACAUCAUCUGUAAAACAGUUAAUCAAAAUAUGGUUCUGAAUAAUAAUUCGAUUAUUCACGAUAGAGUUGCAUUAAGAAAUGUGUGUAAAAUUAAAACCGAGAGUAAUGAUGGCAAUUUUAUAAGUGGAUUAUUUGAAAUGAAUAAUGAAACUGAUAUAGAAUUUUCACACCCCAAAUCUACAAGUGCCAUAUCUAAUGAAUCUGAGCUUCAGAAUCCUGAUUUUAUAUUCUCAGAACAUGACAGAGAGCAUAAUGAUCUUAUAGCCUCAGACAAAGGGCACAGUGAUUUUACAGCCUCAGAAUAUGACAAAGAGCAUAAUGAUUUUAUCGUCUCAGAACAUGACAAAGAGCUUAAUGAUUUUAUAGCCUCAGAACACGACAAAGAGAAUAAUGAUUUUACAGCCAGAGUGCAUGGCAAAGAGCAUGAUUUUAUAGCCUCAGAUAAAGAGCAUAAUGAUUUUGCAGCCUCAGAACAUGACAAAAAGCAUAAUGAUUUUAUAGCCUCAGACAAAGAGCAUAAUGAUUUCACAGCCUCAGAACAUGAUAAAGAGCAUAAUAAUUUCACAGCCUCAGAACAUGACAAAGAGCAUAAUGAUUUUAUAGCCUCAAACGAAGAGCAUAAUAAUUUUACAGCCUCAGAACAUGACAAAGAACAUAUUGAUUUUAUAACCUCACACAAAGAGCAUAAUGAUUUUAUAGCCUCAGAACAUGACAGAGAGCAUAAUUGUUUUGUAGUCGCAGAACAUGACAAAGAGCAUAAUGAUUUUAUAGCCUCGGACAAAGAAUAUAAUGAUUUUAUAGCCAGAGAACAUGACAAAAAACAAACUGAUUUUACGACCUCAGAACAUGACAAAGAGCAAAAUGAUUGUACAGCCUCGGACAAAGAGCAUAAUGAUUUUAUAGCCAGAGAGCAUGGCAAAGAGCAUAAUUUUAUAGCCUCAGACAAAGAGCAUAAUGAUUUCACAGCUUCAGAGCAUGAUAAAGAACAUAAUAAUUUCACAGCCUCAGAACAUGACAAAGAGCAUAAUGAUUUUGUAGCCUCAAACGAGGAGCAUAGUAAUUUUACAGCCUCAGAACAUGACAAAGAACAUAUUGAUUUUAUAACCUCACACAAAGAGCAUAAUGAUUUUAUAGCCUCAGAACAUGACAGAGAGCAUAAUUGUUUUGUAGUCGCAGAACAUGACAAAGAGCAUAAUGAUUUUAUAGCCUCGGACAAAGAAUAUAAUGAUUUUAUAGCCAGAGAACAUGACAAAAAACAAACUGAUUUUACGACCUCAGAACAUGACAAAGAGCAAAAUGAUUGUACAGCCUCGGACAAAGAGCAUAAUGAUUUUAUAGCCAGAGAGCAUGGCAAAGAGCAUAAUUUUAUAGCCUCAGACAAAGAGCAUAAUGAUUUCACAGCUUCAGAGCAUGAUAAAGAACAUAAUAAUUUCACAGCCUCAGAACAUGACAAAGAGCAUAAUGAUUUUAUAGCCUCAAACGAAGAGCAUAAUAAUUUUACAGCCUCAGAACAUGACAAAGAACAUAUUGAUUUUAUAACCUCAUACAAAGAGAAUAAUGAUUUUACAGCCUUAGAACAUGACAGAGAGCAUAAUUGUUUUGUAGUCGUAGAACAUGAAGAAGAGAAAAUAUUGGCGAACGUAGAAGAGAUACAAGAUGGACUGUUCAAAUCUUCCAGAAGCACUUUAGAUGAGACAUCAUAUGGUUUGACUCAUUAUAAAGAAGUGUGUUCCAAUGACAUUUUGACUAAUACAAAAGAAUUACUAUCAUGUCUGACUAUCAACGAGCCAAGCGAUAAUUGUCAGCUUGGCCUUUUUCACUGUGUGAAUAGUGAAAAAACUGCAACUGACAACGUCAUUGAUCAAGGCACAUGGUUGACGCAAUACCAGUUAAAAGGACCCUUGACAUUAGAUGGAACUAUAAGCAAUAGUCAUCUUCCAAUUUGGAAACAAAAAUAUCUUGGAACUGUACAGGAUAUUAUAAACGAAACAUUUAUGAUAUACAAUAUGAAGGAAGGUAAAUUGCAUCAAGAAGUCGAAGAACUAACUGUAAAUGAUCAUGAGGUCAAAUGUAAUAUUAGAACAUUGCUUGAUACAGACAUAUGUAAGUAUAAACAUUUACAAAGUUGCCAAGAUCCUAUAGCAAAAAAAGGCAAAGUGAAAGUAGGUAGAGGACAGAUACGGAAAGAAAAUCCAUGCCAAGAUAACGGUCCAUAUUUUGGAAGUGACAUGAAUUUCAAAAGAGAAGAAAAGGCAGUAUACACAGUAGGUAAAAAAUCGGAAGACAUGGGUGAGAUGAGUGUAGCCCAAGGAAUAAUAAAACAAAAUGAUGGCAAAAGUUGGAAAUUAACGUCUACAACGUGUCACUCUCCGUCAGAUGCCACUGAGGAUAUAAACGGGAGUCUUUUUUUGGAGCGUUUGUCAUGUAGCGAUAACAUCAAAAUAAUUUCAAAUAACAGUGAAAAGUCGCAGAAGAGUGAACCAAUGAGAGAAUUGCCUAUGGAUUUUCUUUUGAGAAUUUCCCAGAAAAUAGACCAACUAAAAGGGAAACCGAAGCGAACUCAAUACAAGCCGCUAAAAAACAAACGUCAACAUGAUUUCAAUGAUAAACUGGAGAAAUUCAUUAAAAAAUACCAUAAUACCAAACACAAAAGUUCAGAGUCACCACUAGAAGCCAAAGAGAAAUGUCCUCUCCUUAUCCAUCAAGAACCUGAUAACAGAAAAGAACAAACUUGUGAACCACCCGAGGACUCACAAGGCUCAAAACACGAAAAAAGAGCAGAGGAAAAAGUCGGCGGCAAAGAGGGCAAUAUUAGAAGAAAGGUUAAAUCUUUCAAGGAGGGUGCACCGCAAGGUAGAAAGAAUAUGAAUAAGAAUGUGGAUAAUACAUUUAAAAGGAUUGAAGCCCCAUUAGACGAGUUGCACACGCGGUUCCUGAGGGAGUUGCAGGCGGAAGGAGAGGUUCUUCUAUCCAGCCUAAAGGGUGAAGGAGAGGCUGCCGUGAUUGGCAGUCACCAACACUUUUCUACACUUCAGCCUGAUCAUACCCGGUUCCUUCUCAAUCAGUUAUUGAGAAUGCGGGACUCCAACUAUGGUUACGUAAUGAUUCUAGCUAGGCUCGAGCAACUACUGGAGGGUGUCUGUGAUAUGACACACCCAAAAGUCAAAGUCGUUAUGGAGGAGAUGGCGCAAGUGCGGCAACAGACUGAUCCUUGGGACGCAGACCUUAAGAUUCUGAUACUAACACGGGCGUAGAAACUCAGCCGUUACUCAGCAGUUGAAGAGACAUUUGGGACACGAUGCUGUUUACUGCCUUGAAUCCUCACCAAAUUACAGGGAUGUACUUCUCG